AUGGUUUAUUCAAAUUCAGCAACAUUACAUCUUAAUUAUGAUUUAGAAAAACCUGGUUAUCAUGGAUAUGAUCGUCGACAUUAUCCAGAAAAACAUCGUUUGACUUUAAGUGAAUCUAUCUAUAAACCAAGAGGUCGUGCUCAUAUACCUUCUCCUUCAUUGGAAGAUGAAAAAUGGCGUCCACAUGGACAACAUAUCAAGCCAAUUUAUUCAAAUGUUGGACCUGAUUGGCAUUCUCGUAUACGUUAUAUUUCAUCUCCACGUAAUCCAAAUGCUAAACCUACAUUACCAGUUAGUUUUAUUGAACGAAAUAUACAUUUUAUGCGUCCGUAUCCUCAAAAUUGGCAACGUACAAAAAAUGACUGGAUUUAUUUUAGUGAUGAAUCAGCAAAUAAUCGUUCAUCGAAAAGAAUUUUUUUUGAUAAUAUACAUCUUCGUUCAAUAGAAGAUUUAGGUGAUGAAAAUGUUCAUAUAGCACAAAUUGGACAUAAAAAAAAAGUUUUAGAUAUACGUAAUGGUUUUGAAAAAAGAUCUGAAGGUGAUAAAAGUUAUCGUACAGUUGAAUUCUCACCUGAUUUUUAUAAAUUUGGUUCAACAUUACCUGCUAUCAAUUUUGGACGUAUUAAAAAACGAUAUGGACAUGAAAAAACAUUUAUACCAAUGAAGAAUGAAACAAUACCAAUUAUUAAUGAAAAUGAUUUUGAAGAAAACGAACGUAAACGUGAAUAUAAUCAAUCUAUUAAUGAAGUUAUUCAAUUAGAUAAUUGGAUACCAGCUGAUAGUAUGAGACGUGCAUUUACUGUAUUUGAUAUGGAAUCGAAUGAUAAAGAUGGUGUAAGAUAUCGACCUCGAUUUCGAUAA